UCAUUUUUAAGUGGUAAUUCAGAGCUAUUGAUCAUUCCUGACAAUCAGUUAGCACAAUAUACAAAGGACAGUGAUUGUGUGUGAUGUAAUGCAACCUUGUUUCUCAAAUGCUUAGUCUGACUUGCCUGUUUGUCUAUUUAUAACAGCUGAACAGAGCAGAGGUAUUUAUUUCCACACAGACCCAUUUAAACAAACACAAGUUGUGCUAGCAUCGUCAGUGGAGCCAGGGAGUCUAUUUUCAAACACAAGAAAUAUCAACAGUGAUGGGCAAGAAUAGGACCACCAGCUCUGGUCUUCAUCCACACUGUGAAAAAUGUUAUAACCAGCACUGCAAGAUUCCCAUAGACAUCUCAAAUUCCUGUGCCUUCAUUUCCUGCCGGUUGAACUGCGGUGCAGCCUUCCAUCUUUGUAAAGAGGAUGAGCAUCGUCUUCUCUGCCCUAAGGAAACCGUACCCUGCCUCAACUCUGGCUAUGGCUGUCCCAUGACCAUGACCCAUCAAAGACUUGCCAAGCACCUAGAAGUGUGUCCUGCCAGCGUGAUCACCUGUACCCUGGAAUGGAACCGAUGGCCUGUGAACGAGGCAGAUACCGCCUUCUACAGAAAUGCCCUCCAGGAUCCAAACUACAUGAGUCAGAUGGACCUUGCUAUGGCCCUUAGAGAUCAGAAGCUUCUGUUUAGCUCAAUUCAGAUGAAGACACUCUUCCCUGAGUUGAUAGAGAAGACGGAGGAGCCUGAAGUUCCACUGGAUGGUGCUGUAGGAGGUCUUGAUCCAGAGAGCUGGGAGUCUCUGAACUUAAACCCGGAAGAGAUGUUGGAGAACAGUCUUAAUGGGGAAGAAGUACAAGAACUAACACAAGAGGAGAGGCUGGCCCUUGCUAAGAGUAAAAAUGUGGCCUGCUUGGAGAACUACGGAAUGUGGGAGAGAAUGUUUGCGAAGGAGAAGGAAGGAUGCAAGCAAACUGUGAAGAAUUUAGAGGACAAAAGUUGUUCGAUUAAGGACAAGGAUGACCCAAGAGUGACCCCUCAGAAUUCCCACGAUGAUAUUGCCAUAACAGGUUUAGCCCCUUGGCAAGAUGGCGUUCUUGAUAGACUCGGUAAAGAAGUCAACGUGGCUGAGUACAAUAUGUAUCUGGUGCACAACGGAUGCAUGCUUAUCAACUUUGGUCAGCUGGCUGCUUGCACACCUAAAGAGAAAGAUUUUGUUUAUGGUAAUUUAGAGCCCAUUGAAGUUCAAACUGUACGCUCUUUCAACGUUCCAAAAAGCUACAGAGCCAAGCGUAGCCACCUCAAGGAUCCAUCACAAAUAGUUAAGAAGACACACCAGAAUGUGGACACAUCUGAUUUAGGCAUUGCUGUUGAAGAGCUCCCAAAGGCGAAUGAGGUAGAAGCCACACUUCUGUGUGCACUAGAAAGAGAACUGAAAGGUCAUCAGAUAUGUGAGACUGUUGGAACCGACGGGCUAUAUGUUGACAUUGGCACCCAGACCUAUGACUUUCGUUCUGCUCCAUUCAACAGUGAUGCAUCUUUGGCCGAUGUUGUUGAGGACCAACCGCAAAACCUACAUGUGCAGAUUCAGACUGAAUGUGUGACUAGGAGACACAACAAAUCCUGCUCAGCCUUUACUUACCUGUGCUGUCAUGCCUUCAGGCGUGAUGAAUACCCCUGGCACUUUAGGAACGUGCAUGGAGACAUUCAGUCAUGUCUUACUGGCUGGUUUUUACAGCGGUGCCCACUGGCUUACCUUGGUUGCACCUUUAGCCAGAAGCAAUUUCGACCAUCUAAAUAUCAGGCUACCGUGAGCUAUGAUACAGAUCUUAGCACUUUUAUCUUACGGCCAGAGGUGACAGCGUCACUUUACAAAGGAGUAAGAAUCGCUAACAGUGAUCGCAAACGAGCAAGGAAUUUGGAUUCUCUGAGCAGGCUUCCUUUUGAGAUCUUACAACACAUAGUGAGUUUUCUGGAUAGUGUGUCUUUGGGACAUCUAUCUCAAGUUUCCCAGUUAAUGAGGGAGGUGUGCAGCACUGUUCUUCAGCAAAAGGGUAUGGUGUACCUCAAAUGGGAGAAAAAGACAUAUUCUCAUGGUGGAUUCACCUGGAGGGCCCGAAAAAAGGUAUGGGAGUUUAGCAGUCUGUUCUCUCCAGUGGAUAAAUGGGUCUUUGACGACAUGCCCCCUAUGGCAGAGCACCUGAAGGUCUGUCCUUUCUACCAGAAGGAGAUCCGAAGUGAACCUGUGGCGUUACCCGGCAUGACAGAUCUCCAGGAGAGAAGAGGAGAGUUCCAGACUCUAGUCAAUAGUGUCCUCACUACUGUCAAGGCACACAGAGAAUAACAGACGGUCGUGUGGCAAAAGCUUUGGACAUAUAACAUAAAAGCAUGCUGCAAGCACUGUCAAAUGUCUUCUAGAUAAAAUUGCUAUAGUCAAUGUUACAUUUUAAAGGGAUAGUCUGCUCAAAAAAAAAAAAAAAGAAAAAAAAAAAAGAAAGAAAGAAAGUUCUGUCAUCAUUUACUUUCACACUCAUGUCAAAGACGAUAAUUUGGGAAAUUAUUAUUAUUAUUAUUAUUAUCAUUAUCUAUAAAAUGGAAGUCAGUGGUAACAAAACUGUUUGGUUACCAGCAUUCUUCAAAAUAUCUUCUUUUGUGUUCCACAGAACAAACAAAGCCAUACAAGUCUGGAACAACAUGAGGGUGAGUAAAUUAAGCAGGAUUUCCUUUUUUUUCCCCUUUCUUUUUUCUUUUUAGUUUUUUUUGUUUGUUUGUUUGUUUCUCCAGUGGACUAUUUUGACAGAUCUUUGCUGACCUCUACUGGCUGAAAAAUACACUGUCAUAAAGGCUUCAAAAUAGUUAUAAUACUAUAAAUGCAUUUACAGUGGAGUAGUUAAAAUUAUUUUAUUUUGAAUUUAAUACCUUUGUUUCAUUACAAAUAAUAGUUAUUAUUAGAUUAUAUUAUUAGAUUUUGUUGACUAAGGUUAACAAAUGAAACCUUAUUGUAAAAUGCUACCAAUUUAAUCAUCUUCUUCAGCAUGAUUUGAGAAGAAUCACAUAAUCAAUCUCACACAUUUACUUAUUUGAUUAGUGAUCUUAAAUAUUUCUUUAUUUUGUUAUAA